AACAUGAAGAUGCGAGGGUCUGCACUCUUCAAUGAUGAUUCGCUUGCAAGGUUUGCAUUAGUUGCGAGUCGUCUUCAGUUUCAGAAGAAGUUCUAUAGACGAAAUACGAUCAGAUGAGAUCGAGAACGGUACUUCCGAGAGGAGAGAGGGUUUUGCUGAAUCAUCAAAUGGAGAGAACCGGUAUGAAGAGUUGUUGGCAGCAUUGAAUUGAAGCCGAGAGUCUGGAGGAGAUAUCGAGUACCUACUGUACAUAUGCUUCCGCAUGAUGUCUGAUCAAGUAGGUAGGCAGGCUCAAGCUGAUACAAUCAGGCUGAAGUGGAGGUGACUCCAAUGGAAAGCAAGAGUUCGAGUUGUUGGAAAAGAACCAUGACAGGACAGUCUGCCGGCAGUUCAUUCCAACGCGAAGAACCAGGUGUAUCGGCACUUACCUUAGGUCAUCUGCGGGACGCAACUGCAACGUCAUUGUUGGUGGCGCGCGCGCGCUGACAGAAACAGCUCGACAGGAAAACGUGAAUGAGCCGCUCACUUUCACAUUCUUUCUCGCUCUACCAUCUUCAGGUACCUGUAUACACUCACCAUGGCAGACUUCGCACCUCCGCCUGGCCCGCCGCCUCCAAAGGUCCCAGAAGGCUGGAAAGCAGUCUGGAACACACAGUACAGCGAGUGGUUCUAUGUCAACACACACACGGGCGUAUCGCAGUGGGAAAAACCAACCGAGCCCGUUUUCGGUGCCGCAGGCGCACCUCCGCCAGGCGCUCCACCGGGGUACGACCACUCGACAGCACAGGCGACCGGACCCGAAAAGGGCGGAUACUUGAACAGCAACAAUCCAUAUGCCGGUAGUGGAGGGGCAACGGGUAGCAAUAACAUCUCCGAAGAUGAGAAGCUGGCGCGAAAACUGCAAGAAGAGGAGAAUGCACGCAGCGGCAACCGAGGCACAAGUGAUGGAUACUACAAUCACGGUGCUCCUGGCCAGAGCUCAGCGCCCGGUCAAGCAUACGGCCAGCAAGCGUAUGGCCAGCAGGCGUACGGUCAAUCGAGCAGUCCUGCGCCAUAUGGCGACCAGGACCGAGGCAAGAAGGGGGGCUUUCUGAGUAAGAUCACAAGCAAACUGGCUGGCAGCAGCGGCUCGAAACCUUCGGGAUAUCCUCCACAGCACUAUGGAGGAGGUGGAGGCUAUGGAGGCUACCCUCAGCAAGGAUACGGAGGUGGAUACGGAGGAUACCCUCCUCAAGGAGGCAUGUAUGGUCAUGGUCAACCACCUCGUAAGAGUGGAAUGGGAGGCAUGGGAAUGGCAGGAGGAGCGGCGCUGGGUUUGGGAGCUGGUGUGCUCGGUGGAGCUUUGAUCGCGGACGAGAUCGGCGACCACGAACAGGACGCAUACCAAGAUGGCUACCAGGAUGGCCAAGAUGACGAUGGAGGUGAUUUCGGCGGCGGUGACGAUGGUGGUGGCGAUUAAUCCUUGCGAGUCGUUCUGUGGAGGAAUUGUGAACUUUUUGGGAAGCAACGGUACAUACGACGACGAGCAUGCCCGAAAAAUGAUGAUGAUGAUGAUGAUACGAAAGUCCUCUGCCUACCUCAGGUACCUUACCUAGGUACAUAUGUAAUCAUGAAGUCUUUACUUCCCACUAAAAAGGAGCUACGCAACAUGAUGUGCACUCACUCACUCACUACCCCCUUUUCAACUUCCAAGCAGAGUAGAGAGAUUAUACGCAACUCCCG